AUGGGAGAAGCACGACGCAGCUGCGGCCAGCAAUUUCCGGUGGAUUCCGUUGUUGAAGUGGUGGAAAAAGAGGCAGGCGUGCGUUUAGUCUGCACCGUGAUCCCGCCGCCCAGAAACAUCGAGCCCGAAGAAAACGAGGGGCAGCUUUACGUCAGGUACAGAGCUCUCCCGGCGCGCAGAGGAGGCCGCCGCCUGCGCGAGUUCGUCGACUUGUCGUCCGUGCGCCCGACGCCCCCUCCGCACAAGGCGACCAAGCGCUUCGAGCCGAACGACGUCGUCGAAGCGUACCACAAUGGCUGCUGGUGGGAGGGCGUCGUCACUGCCGUGGAAUUGGACGGCGGCGGCGAGGAGAGGCUCGUGGUGACGCUUGAAAACCCCCUUGAGCCUGGCGAGCUCCGAUUUGCGCCGUCGAGUCUGCGGCCGCUCUGGGAUUGGGUCGAUGGGGUUUGGUCCUUGCCUCAGAGAAAGGGGGAAUUGAAGGUGGGAGAGAAGGUGGAAGUUUCGAUUGAUUUGGAUUUCGAUUUGGAUUUCGAUUUUAAUUUUGAUUUUAGGGUUGCUUGGUUUCCGGCGGUGAUUGUGAGGGAUUUGGGGAAAGGGGUUUAUUCGGUGGAAUUGAAGGGUAAAAAUGUUGAAUGUGUUGGUAUCAGGCCUUCCCCUCCGAUUCUAGAUGAAGGGGAAUUUAGGGUUGGUGAGAAAGUGGAUGCGUUCUUCGAUUCUGGGUGGUGGACUGGAUUUGUUGUGAAGAAGGUUGGGAUGAAUGAGUACAUUGUGCUUUUUGAGCACCCGGAUUCUACUAUGAACUUGAAUCGCUCGCAAUUGAGGCCUCAUUUGGAAUGGAAGGAUGGGAAAUGGCUCGUUGAUCAUGAUGGCGCCGCCUCUUCCGCCCCAAACGUUAAACGGAAACGAAAAUCGAGUUUUUCUGCUUCGAAAAGGCACAAUCGCAAAUUGAUCGAUGGAGAUUGUGUUUCUAGGGCUCCAAAUGAAGAAACAGAGCACAUUGAUGUUGAAUAUGAUCGCGAUGUGCAGCAAUUGAUCGAUUCUAGGGCUCCAACAGAGCACGUUGAUGUUAAAUAUGAUCGCGGUGUGCAGCAAUUGAUCGAUGUAGAUUCUGUUUCUAAGGCUCCAAAUGAAGAAACAAAGCACAUUGAUGUGCAGCAAUUGAUUGAUGAAGAUGAUUCUGUUUCUAGGGCUCCAAAUGAGAAUAGUGUGCUGUUUGUGAAACGUAACGCUAUUUGGAAAUCCACAGAGUGGGCAGAGGUGCUGCGGAGGAUGCCACAUUUUGAGCCGCUGAGGGCCUUCAGGGAGAACCAGCGGGAGGGGUUGGCGAUAGCGUGUAUGGUGACCUUCACGAACGUGGUGGAGGAGAGCCGCAGGUUGAAGCUGACAGACCCCAAGAGUGAGGCGGAGGACCUCCUGGAGACGCUGCUGGACUUGGAAAUGUAUGGUUUUGACGUUGGGGCGGUGAGGGAGCGGGUGAGGAAGCUGUUGAAGGCCAAGGAGGAGGAGGAGAGGCUCGAGGUUGAGGCUAAGGGGAUCUUGGAGCAGAUUGAGGUGCGGAGUGGGAGGAGGGAAAGGAUUGGGAGGCAGAUGCGGGAGAUGAACGCGCAUAUUGGGAGGCUGCAGGAUUGGCUUAUGCUGGCGGAGGUGGUGGAGGAGAAGGAGGUGGAGGAGAUCCGGCGUUUGCAGGUUAGGUUGGAGAAGAAUCAGAAGCAGGUAGAGAGUUUGAGGUCUGAUUUUGAAGCCUCUCUUAGCAAUGGCGAUUGAUGAUUUUGAAGGCUUGUGUCUCGAAAAUAACAUUUUAUUUUCCAUUAAAGAGUUUUGCAACUCAGUGAGAUUGAACUGUGCACACUCUACACAUUCUCUCCUUUUCUAUGGGCCUUACAACCAAUAUCCAAUCCAAAUAGAUGUCGGUUUUAGAUUGAUUCGGGAAAUAGAUGCUCUCACAUAGCGUUUCUACACUUUUCCGGUAGAAAUUUUGUCACUAGUCCAACUAAAGUACCUGGCUCUAACUCCCUGCAACCAUAUCCAAACUCUUCAACCUUCGAAGCUUGAUUGUCCAUCCACAUAUGAGAGCUCUUUGAGAAUUUUGUUUAUGGUUGAUAAGUGAGAAUGUGCAUUGAA